AGUUGGUGGAGACAGCUGUGAGGUGAGAAUCUGCACGAGACGGUGGUGAAAGUUAAAAACAGUUACUUGCAAUGCGAAUCAGAAGUAAGAGCUGAGCACAAACUUAUGCAGUGGAUAUGGAGCUAUGGUCUUUAACUGCGUGGCAGAGACAGUGAGGGAGCCUGGAGAUGAAUGUGGAAAAAAAAAAAAGAAAAAAAAGAAAGAAAGAAAAGAAAAAACUAGUGCUGUAAGGUGUAUUUUUUUCCACUGAUGGACAAGAACUCAGGAAGAAACUGGUAGACGACUUUAAUGACAACCAGAUGUGCUGAAGGAAAAUUAGAUUUUGUUUUUGAAAGAGUGCCUGUUUUAAGCCUUUUUUGGAAAACUGUUAUAGGACCUUCUCCAGUCCUUGAAACUGAGCCUGCAGUAAACUGCGUCAAGUGUUAUGUAAAGGCUGCACUGUAAAAAAUGUCUGUAAUUUUAACGGAUGAAGAAGAUUGCUCUGCUGUUUGGUUUAUGGAGUCUUCUCUAUAUCUCACAUGCUCAGUUGACAGAAAAUACAGAGGCUGAAGGUGAGGAAGAGGUGGUUGAUCUUUUUACCACGCCACGCACCAAGCUGGCUGCUGCAACCUCUGAUUUUGGCUACAACCUGUUCCGUCAGCUGGCUGCACGUGACCCAAAGGCCAGCGUCUUCCUGUCACCCAUGAGUAUAUCAGCAGCUUUCACACAGCUCUCAAUGGGGGCAUCUGAACAAGCUGAGAAGCAGAUUUACAGGGCCCUGCGCUACCACACCCUGCAAGACAGUCAGCUCCAUGACACUUUGAGAGACCUUCUCGCCUCACUCAGGGCAUCUGCCAAGGGCUUCAACUCUGCAGAACGCAUCCUUUUGGCUAGGAAGCUCCGUCUUAAACUGGAAUACCUCAACAAUGUAGAGAAGCAAUAUGGGAUACGGCCUCAAACUCUUGUGGGUGGAGCCCGGGACCUCAAAACUGUUAAUGAUUGGUUUAAACAACAGACUGGCAGAAAAGUAGAAGAAGUCCUUCCUGCCCCUCUCCCUCGUAACACAGCUGUUCUGCCUGUGGGAGCAGCCUUUUUCAAGGGUAAAUGGAUAACUAGGUUCAGCAAGUCUAACAAAAUGGAGAACUUCCAAAUAGAUGGAGAAGCACCAGUUCUGAUACCCAUGAUGGAGCAAGAAAAUUACCCAGUGAAGAUGGGCGUUGACUCUGACCUUGGCUGCACAGUAGCACAGGUUCCUAUGGAGGAUGGAGUAAGCAUGUAUUUCUUCUUGCCAGAUGAGGUGACUCAGAAUCUGACUUUAAUAGAGGAGGCUCUAUCAGCUGAAUUUGUCCAGGACCUUUCCAAUACCCUCCACACAGUGCAGGUGCUGCUCACCCUGCCUGUUAUCAAACUCAGCUACAGCACAGAUCUGCUGUCCUCCCUCUCUGACCUGGGUCUCUCUGAAUGGUUGGCAGAAACAGACCUUAUCAAAAUUACCAGUCAGCCUGUCAAGUUAAAUGCUGUCCAUCAUAAGGUUGUCAUGGAGACAGCUCCAGAGGGUACACAGUAUGCCAGCACUACCCCUAAUGCUAAAGGCCAAUCACUGGAUCUAGCUUACCGUGUGGACAGGCCAUUCAUCUUUCUAGUCAGAGAUGAGCCAUCAGGGGCACUUCUCUUCAUUGGAAAAGUGCUCAGGCCCCGUGACCUGAAAAGGGAAACAGACGUCUCCUCGUGAACUCUUUCACAACAGGAUGAAAGAGGGAAACCGUCUGGAAAAUCUAGUUAAACAAAGCAGUGUUCCAAAAAUGAAAAGAAGCCACACAGGCUGCUUAUCUAACUUUUUUUGAAUGCAAAAAUAUAUCUUUUAAAAUGAAAAUAAACUGAACUGAAAUCAUUUCUAUAGUGUCUUUAAAGUUUAUACUGUAAGUGUGCCUUGCAAAUAGGAUAUCAGUGUCUAUUGUAAUGGAUUUAACACUGAAAGUACGUAAAACAUGACCAAAACUUGAUCAUCCAGUCAUCAGACAUACAAAGGGUUGCAAAACAGUAUAAGUAACAAAAAAUGGUGUUUGGUUGUCUGCUGUUUAAGAAAAAACAGCUCUGCCUUAACUCCCUCUUGGCAUAAGUCCAAUAAAUAGCUUGAGAUAAAACAGUACCUCUGAAAUGGCAAUAUGACAACAAUAAUAAAAAAUACUUUUGGCUCUAAUCACUGACUGCAAGGAGUGUGAGAGUCUGUGUGAGAGUGUUGUGUAAGUUUGGCUAUAAUUUUUUUAUUUUUUAUAAAUGAACAUUGGCCUUUUGAGAUUUAACAGAAGAAAAGAGAUUCUCACAGAAAACGUGGCUGAAAAGUGAGUGUGUUGCUUUCCCUUUCUGUCUGAGCAAAAAAAGUGGACUUCAUCACUGCAUUUCACUAUUCUCUUUAAUCUGUCUGCACUUCCCCAAAAUUGUUGUAUUACGUUGUUUUACUGGAAAAAGGUAGCAGACAUAAUGAUUUAGUCCUUCUGUUUAAAGCAGAAAGCUGUCAUGGACGGUCUUCCCCUCCACCCAACUGCAUGGCCUCAUCCUCAUGCAAGAUGACAGCAAGACCCACAAUAUGAAUGAAAAAGAAAGUUUAGUAUAAGCUUAUGUUAAAAUUAUUUGUGUACAUUUAUUUAAGCGGAUAGUUCACCCAAAAAUACAAAUUCUGUCAUUAUUUACCCCCUCUCAUGCUGUUCCAAACCCAUAUGACUUCCUUUCCACAGCUAAACACAAAAGGAUAUAUUUUAAAGAAUAUUGCGAUUGCUGAUUUCCAUUCAGUAGCAAUAAAUAGUGACUCACUUUAAAACUUAAAAAGCACCCGAAAGUGUUAUAAAAGAUAGUCCGUGCAAAGUUUUUCUAAGGUGUAACAGGAUAGGCUGUCACCUCCCCUUUUUUAGCAUUUGGCUACUGACGUCAUUCAUUGAUGGCCUAUCAGCAUCGCGGCCGGUCUAUUUAGGGCUGUUGUUUGCUAACUUAUCAACAGGUCGCUGUCAACCCCUGUUAUUUUGGUCAGUGUAUGUUUACUCGUUAUACCAAAUGAGUUGGCUGUUCAUCUCCAGGUAUUUUCAAUCUAAUGUUAAAUGUUGUUCGCUUCUCUGCGGCAUUGGAGCUAUCUUCCUUCUCUUACGCUUUAGCAACUGUAUUUAUUGCAUAGCGGCUGUUGGUUGCUGUUGCGUGCUCAGACUAGUCACUUUUUCCUGAUAUGUAGUCUUUUUUAGCAUUUUUAGUUAUUGCAUUUUGUUUUAGGUGGGCUGGUUGAAAUGCUGAAGCAUUACCUCUGUGGCUAGUAUUGCCCCUUGGAGAAUAUUUCUGUUCUGUUCAUUUUGUUUAUGCUUUGUUUCUGUGUUAGUACUAUGACUUUAUUCUCAAAAUCAAUGCUGCCCUAAGAGUGCUUUAGAGUAAGGUGGUUUCAGGAACAGAAUGUUGAUGCAACAAGAGAAACAACUGAAGCUGAAUAUCUAGAGGUGGGUAGUAACGUGCUACAUUUACUCCAUUACAUUUACUUGAGUACAUUUUUGAGAAAAAAAUGUACUUUUAGAGUAGGUUUAAAAGUGGGUACUUUUACUCUCACUCAAGUAAAAUUCUAAUGAAAUUUUUUUACUUUUACUUCUUUACAAUGGGCGGCAUUCCUGUCAUUACAUUACUGGGUUUAAUUUUAGUUAAUGUGUAAUUUAUUGAGAGAUUUUUGAAUGGGACUUUUACGACAGGAAGUUCACACAGCUGCGUGCGCUGACUCAGACUGUCACUCAAGUCAUCAAUGCUGCAGCAUCAAACUCUUCAAAGUGAAACACUUUCUUCGCUCCACACAGUGAAAAAAAGAAUAGUUUCGUCAUGCAGUGCUUUCAUUUAACACCAAAACAAGUGGAUAUUUCAAGAUUAAAAUCUCAGCUUCAGUUUUAGGCAGCAUGUCGAGGUAAGUUAUUGCUCUAAUGCUAACAAAGGCUUUUCUGUGUAAUGCGAUGGUCAUUUUCAGGGUGGUAAUGUAACUGGGCUCUUAUGACAUCCGUUUUUAAGUGUACAUUUGUAAAUCAGUGCAGCAAUAUAUCAGUGCUCUUUGUCCAAUGUCUCGCAUGUUAUGAGCAGUAUUUACGCAUUUACUGAAAACUAUUGCAGCUACUUCGUGCAGAUUAACUGUAUAAAUCCAUGUAAACAUCCAAGUUAAGUGUAAAUGCCUUUUGCUCUGCCGUUCACGCGAUUGACUACAGGAGCGCGAACAGAGAGCAUUUCUGCGUGUGCACAGCGUGAGGCACGUGCAUGAGAGAUGUGCGGGCACGAGGCAAACGUAUGGUCGAAGAGUGUGGCUGUGUCUGAAAUCGUUCACUCAUUCGCUGUUUCCAAUAUAGUUACUGGCAGUAAGUGUACUACAUCUCAGCAGUGAGUGAACAAAAUAAGUGAGUGAAUUUGGACGUAUACACCGAGUGUCGGAGCUCUGGGGCUGUCGCAGAAACAAUGUCACAUAUAAACUUUUAAAAUACUUGGGCCUUACAUGUUAUUCUUAUUAAAUAAUAUAUUAAUACAAUAAAUCUUCAUUCUGUUUGUCAUUUUUAAUAUAUACUGUAUGUUAAUAUAAAGAGUAAACACAUUUUAAAAUGUAUCUGUAUGUUUUGCCUCUCUAUGUGUUAUGUUUAUUUUAAUCAAGAAAUGAUUUGUCAAAAAGUAAUUUAAUACAUUCAGCAUGAAAUAAAACAUUUCAGGAGUGAAGGAAGCAAUAAACUCCCAGCUGGUACAUCUUCCCCAUGGUGGAUUGUGGGCAAUUAACCAUUGUCGAGUGUACAUCAAAUGUACACUCUAAAUAAGAGUGCAUUGUGGGUAAGAAUGAGUGAACAAAAGUAGGGAAUGAGUGGCUCACUCAGAAUUCAAACACUCCCACAAAAUGGCGGACACUCGAAAUAGUGCACUAUAUAGGGUAUAGGGGGUGGUUUCAGACAUAGAGAGUGUUCCAUGACUGGGGUGGGUGCCCUACCCAGGCUGCGUACUCUGCAUUUAGAGAGCACCAGUACUGCUUUACAGAACUAAUUAUCUAAAUUCUUUUGUCACUGAAAACUGUAACUACACUGAAAUAAGAAUCCACACAGGACUUUAAAAGCUAUGAAAUAGCAAAUGUAGGCAUUAAUAAAGCAUGAUCUUGCUUUGGUUUAUAUUUCAGCAUUAUAUAUAAUGUCCUUGUGGGACAUUUUCAUGUUUUCACCACACAAGAAUGUGAAGGUGAUCUGUUUCUCUGUUUCUCAUCCACACCUAUCAUAUCGCUUCUGAAGAUACUGAUUAAACCACUGGAGUCUUAUGGAUUACUUUUAUGCUGACUUAUGUGAUUUUGUUUAGCUUUAAAAUGUUGCCACCCAUUCACUUGCAUUGUAUGGACCUACAGAGCUGAGAAAUUAUUCUAAAAAUCUUCAUUUGAGUUCAGCAGAUGAAAGAAAGUCAUACAUAUCUGGAAUGGCAUGAGGGUGAGUAAAUAAUGAGCAUUUUCAUUUUUGGGUGAACUAUCCCUUUAAGGGCUAUUGUCAGAUCUGGAUGAAUUUGUCAAUAAGAAGAGAGGUUUGGAAACACUUCUAUUAAUUAUUGCUGGUGAUUCAUAUUCUUCUCUGCCUUUAUGGGCUUUUUGAAGCAUCAAAAUUUUGGCCUACAGAGCUAAAAUAUUAGUCUAAAAAUCUUAAUUUGUGUUCUGCUGAAGAAAGGAAGUCAUACAUAUCUGGGAUGGCAUGAGGGUGAGUAAUUGAUGUGAGAAUUUUCAUUUUUGGGUGAACUAUCCCUUUAAAGUGAGGCCUUAAGGCUCUUUUCCUCUCUAGUUUGGACUACUGCAAUGCUCUUUUAGCCAGCCUUCCUGUAUGCACAAUGAUCGAGAAUGCAACAGCACACAUGGUCUUCAAUGAAACAAAAAGAGUGCAUGACACACCUCUUUAUGUACCAUUCCACUGGCUGCCAGUUGAUACCCGCAUCAAGUUCAGGGCACUUUUGCGUAUAAAACCAAAUCUAUGUUACUUUCAUGUGCCUUGCCUGACCUUCACUUCCCCUGGUACAUACCGUUUUCAUGCUUUCUCAUGGACACAUAAUCUCCUUUUUAAUUAGUGUUUGUCUUUGAAAUAAAAUCCCUUCCCUUUUAAUUACUUUGAUUAGUUACAGACAGCUUGUUAAAAGUAUGAAAGUCUAUCACAAAAUCCAUUUACAAAAACUGAAAUUUGUAUUUUCAAUCAAGACUAAACUCUAGCAGAACAUUUCAAAGUGAUAUAAAAACACUGCACUUACAAAAGUGAUUAAAAAACAUAGUUGAUUAAACAAAUAGGUCAAUGCUGUAGAUGAUACAUUUAAGGUAUAUCAAACAUACAAUAAUGUGACUGGUUAUCCAUACAUGAAUCAAACAGAGCAUGUGAGCGGAGCGGUGAUAAUUCAACCUGAGUGGAGAGCACCAUUUUGAAGAUUCCGCUUCGCUCGCUCAGGCCGCUCAGUGCCACUCGCUCAACCCAGAAUGCGCUUCGUGAUAUGCUGGUUUGGGAACUUGCAAAAUAAGCAAUAGGCCUGAGGGAGUUCAAACAUUGUUUUAGAGACACUGAAAACCUUAUGGCCAACAUAAAUGCAAAGUAUAAAUCAAAGUUAAGAACGAGGAAAUCGAAAGGGAGUGUGUAGAGACUGUGAGAGUUAGCAAAGAUUCCUUUUGAAAUUCAUCACAUUGCCAGAAAGCAUGAGGGUGUGCUACACGAACAUGGUAGUGCAGCAAAAGGUGAGCUAGUAAGAUACACUACUAUUCGAUAUUAAAUUAAUAAA